AUGAGCGACGAUCCAGUCAUGCAGGUCGAAGACAAGAUUGUCGCAGGACCUUCUGUGACCAGCGAGAAGCCAAUCGCAGACGAAGUAGUGAUCCUGGAAGACGCUGCCAUCAUUUCGUCAACAGAAGACGAAGCUGCAGUCUCGAAUGGUAGCGCCAAUCCUGCUUCACCCACUGGUGCUGCCCCACGCCCACGACUUAAGAAGGAUAACAGCACACCGAACAUGAACGGCCCUCUCUACAUGCAAACUGCUGGUAACAAGACGGUCCUUGUCCGCCGACUCAAGCGCAAGGAGGAGAGCACCUGGAAGCACCUCUCACGCUGGUUCGUUGAGAACCAAAUUGGUCUUUCCUUCAACCUUCUCUGCCUUAUCUUCCUCGCGCAGACGUUCAUCCCCAAAGCUCGAGAACACACACAGAAAUUCUUCCAUCUCAGCUACUUUAACUCCAAAUCUGGACAAUACCGCAUCGGUUACGAUGAUGCCUACUUCAUCACCUUCUGCAUCAUUCUCUUCACCGGCCUUCGCGCCGCCACCAUGGAAUACGUUCUUGCGCCCAUCGGCCGACUUCAGGGCAUCACAAACCGCAAGAACUUGACCCGCUUCAGCGAGCAGGCUUGGCUCAUGGUUUAUUAUACUGUCUUUUGGCCCUGGGGUGUGUACAUCUACUGCACCUCUCCUCACUACAUGAGCAUGGAGAACCUCUGGACUGACUGGCCCAACCGCGAGCUUGAUGGAAUCAUGAAGUCUUACCUUCUCUGCCAGUGGGCUUUCUGGCUGCAGCAGAUGAUUGUCAUUAACAUUGAGGAGCGCCGUAAGGACCACUGGCAGAUGUUUACUCAUCACAUUGUCACUACCGCUCUGAUCUUCGCUUGCUAUGCUUACCACCACACUCGCGUUGGUAACUUUAUUCUCGUCAUCAUGGAUGUUGUUGACCUGUUUCUACCUCUCGCCAAGUGUCUCAAGUACUGUGGUUUCACUACGCUCUGCGAUGUCAUGUUCGGCCUCUUCGUUGUUUCGUGGUUCUUUGCUCGCCACGUCUUGUACAUUGCGGCCUGCUGGUCAAUUUACUCCGACACCCCCAGGAUCAUGCCCAAUGGUUGCUUCAAGGGAAACAACGAUAACAUGAUCGGUCCCUUUGAUCCUCCAGCUGGCUGGGGAUACCUUGCCGAGCCCUUCAUCAACCCAGAGGGUCUUGUUUGUUACAACGAGACUGUCAAGUGGAGUUUCCUUGCUCCCCUCCUCUUCCUCCAGGUGAUCACCAUCGGAUGGUUCACCAUGAUCGUCCGUGUCAUCAUCAAGGUUCUCAAGGGAGGUGAUGCUGAAGACGUCCGAAGCGAUGAUGAGGGCGGCGAAGAGGAGGAGGAAGAGGAGUUCGUGUAUGAGGAGGCUCAGCCUCUCGAGGAAGAAGUCGGCGUCGAGGAUCUCGAUCUCCGCAACUGGGAGCGCCGAUCUGGCGUCAAGAAGCAGGCCAGCAGUUCAGGUGUCAGCCUUCCCGGCCACAGCGAUCGAAAGGAGUUGCUGGGCCGUAUUGGCUGCGAGAAGCAGGUCGACUAG